AAAUAGAAAUACAUAAUAAUAUACACAUGUAUAUCGUUAUCUCCAAAAUAGAAAACGUCACAAAUAAUUUUUACAUAUACAUAAAUUACGAUUUUGCAGUCAAUAGAAGUUGUAAAAUUACCAAUCUGCGCAUCUAACCUAAUCUGUAUUUAUGAAGCCGAAUUGCGUUUCGCGCGUAAAAGUUAACCUUUCAAUACAAUCCUAAUACCGGCUAUACUUCGUCUAGAAAAUUGAGUUUCUAUUUCGGUUUUACGUUAUUUUUUACGUUUUCUGUUUAUAUUUUUGAUAAUCGUGCAUCAUAUAAGUUGGAGUCAUGUGGAAUGAAAGUUCUUCGAAUCUUGGAGGCGGAUUUUUGGAUGAUAGCACACAGGCCGGAGGAUCUGGCAAAAAAAGUUCGCAAAGUAAUGACAAGAGCAUCAUUCCCGUAUGGAUAAAGCAUAUCACGUCUACAACGGGAGAUUUGCAGAUUUCUGACAAAACUGUAAAUACUCUGACAUUCGUCGGAGUUGUACGUCAUAUCGAACAAGAUACGACGAAGAUGUCUUUCAGUAUUCAGGAUGAUACAGGUACUCUCACUGCUGUCAUGUGGUUAGAAGCAGACAAGAAUCCUGCAGAAAAUGCUUGUGUACAACUUAAUACAUAUGUAAGAGUUUAUGGUUUGAUACGCAAUCAAAAUAAUCAACGACAUGUGUUGAUCUUGCGUAUGUAUCCUGUGGAAGACUUAAACGAGGUGACAUGUCACUUUUUGGAAGUCAUGUAUUUUAUAUUGAAUGCUGGAAAAACUGAAAAAGAACCUGCUGUAUCUAAUACAUUAACGUUCGAUAAUACAAUAAGUGGUAUGUCACCUGAUCAAGUGGCAAUUCUUGAAAUUGUUCGAUCAGCGAAUGAAUCAGAAUGCGGUAUUGAGAAACAUGAUAUUUUGAGUAAAAUGCCUAAACACAUCAAACCACGUAUCGAUGAGAUAUUAGAUUUUCUUCUCUGUGAAGGACAUAUUUACACAACUAGUUCAGAAGAUUUCUUUAAAGCUACUUGAGUUAUAUAUUAUAUGUUAAGAAGUUUACAAAACAUUAAAUUUUGUAUCGUAUAAAAUAACAUUUACAAUUACGAUACAUACAUUGAUUGUAAUUUUUUUAUUUAUAUGGAAGUAUAGAUAAGAACGUUAUUUUUUCACUUAGCAAUAGUAAAUUAAUAAAAUAGAUAUUAAUUUGAAACACACAAUGUAAGAUUAUUUUUG